AAAUUAAAAAUGUGGAUUUUAUUCGUUUCGUCGAUAUAUACAAUAGAAGAAGAAACUGCAGCAACAACUUUACACACUUUACAGUACCAGACUAGCUUCACAAGAUCAUUUUAUUAUAGAUCUACAAUGAAUGAUGCACCACACGAGAAAGUAUGGGGACAGUUGUUAUCAAUAACAAAUAUACAAAUGCCAGUUAUUCCAAUUAUUAACAAUAAAUUUGUAAUUGGAAGAAACAGUGAUUGUGAUUUGCCCCAUGUGGACAACAAGUUGGUCUCCAGUAAGCAUUGCUAUAUUGAACGAGCUGAUGAUGGCACAGUUUGGCUCUAUGACACCAGUACAAAUGGAACCUUACUCAAUCUUAAAUUUAAACUAGUCAAGGGUGAGCGCAGACAACUUCACCAUGGAGAUGAAAUACAUAUAAUCCACAAAAAGAAUGACACUGAAAAUGAUAUAGGUUAUGUGUUUGAAGACUUGAAGGAAUUGGACAAUGAGCCAAGGUCUGAUGACACUGAAGAAUACAGCUUUAACAAUAAUGCCACUUUCAUAGAAUUCUAUAAUUCAGAUGAAUCUGUUAACUAUGUCGUCACAACUCCAGAAACAAAAAGACAGAGCAGUGAAGACAUUGGUUCAACUCCCUGCAAAAAACUGAAGACUGAAAAUUCUAAUUCAAACUCAAAGGAUGAUAUCAGCAUUGAAGAAAAUGAAAAGGAUGGUGUGAAAAUGUCUACUCCUGACAGAGUGAAAGAAAAGCUUAAUGGGCAACCCAAUAAUUCAAAGUCCAGUGUUUGUGGUUCUAAAGAAGAAGAGGAUGCGUUUUCUGAAACUUUAGUUUGUAGCAUUUGUCAAGAGCUUCUUCAUGACUGUAUCAGUUUGCAGCCAUGCAUGCAUUCGUUUUGUUCUGGUUGCUACUCAGAGUGGAUGGAUCGAUCAGAUGAAUGCCCUUCUUGUCGUCUGAAGGUGGAGCGUAUCAAUAAAAAUCAUUUAGUGAACAACUUAGUGGAGGCUUACCUUAAACUUAAACCAGAGAAAAGACGACCUGAAGAGGAAUUGAAUGAACUGGAUAUGAAGAAUAAAAUUACUAGAGACAUGCUUUACCCAGACAAGAAAAUCCAGCAAAGUUUUGAUUACAGUGAUGCUGGCAGUCAAGACAGUCAAGCAGAUAUUCAAGUAGUUGCCCCUGAAGCUGUUGGAGCUGCUGGAGCUAUUGGUGUCCCUGGAGCUUUCGGGGCACAUCCUGUGGGUCUCAUUUUUGGUGCUGGGACGCCAUUUUUUGGUGUAGGAACCACCAGAGCUCCCCAGCCUGUGUGUAGACAAUGUCCAAAUUAUGUCAACAACUUAGUGGACCAGACUAUAAAUGCUGUCGCCGCAGGCAUUGACACACCAGAUGCCACCACAACACCAGGGCCUUCCACAAUGCAAGGGGCUUCGAUAACUCCAGGGUCUUCCACCAAUCCAGGCUCUUCCAGGACUCAAGGGCCUUCCACAACAGGUUCAUCCACUCCAGUUGACCCAGAUGCUAAGACAUUCCCUCCUAUACCAGGGUACACCUGCCCUCCUGGUGGUAAUCAUAUCUUGUGUCUGUGCUGCAUGUUGCCCAUGCCUCAGAGGGUUGUACGCCACCCAACACUACCGCCUCAGUCUUGUGGAAUAUGCCAUAGAGCCUUCUGUCAUGCUUAUUGGGGAUGUAGAAAAGUAGAUUGCCAUGGAUGCCUUGGGAAAUUUAAAGACAUGAAUUUCGGCAAAAAAUGUUUGACACAUUUAAUUCUGGAUAAUCCUUACGAGUCACAAGUUUUGGCAAAUUAUAUGCAGAAGAAGGGUUUAUCAGUCAAGGAUGUUCUGGCAGCUUGUCUGGCUAAAAUGGUUGUGGGAGACUAUGUUUGCAUAAACCAGGCUUUAUUUGUCAGUGGUGAAGGAAUUAACACUCCUGUUUGUUAUUCUUGUGGGUUGAGAAACUUUAAAGACUUGGCUUAUUUUUACAGAAGAGACAUUCCAGAGAGUGAUUUACCAGAUGAAGUAAAAUCUAGACCUAAUUGUCACUGGGGUAGAAAUUGUCGAACUCAACGAAACAAACCAGAUCAUAGCAAACGCUUUAACCACAUAUGUGAACAAUCACGAACAUUAUGAUUGAACUCUAAUUUAUUUAGUCAAAUGUCUUUCAACUACUGGAGCACAAGAAUUUUUGAUUCACUAUUUUUUGAAUGGAGAUGAAUAAUGAAAUUGGAAUGUUAAAAACAAAAUGGAAAGAUUGGGUUAGUUGGAUGAGCUCUAAAGAAUGUCAAGUUUUAGAGAUGGAUAGCAGCUGAAAAGACACCAAGGCUUUGAAAGCUUGAGUCCAGGUCUGGCACAAGAAACAACACAUGGUUUGAAUGAAAGGAAGCUCUGAAGCAGGCCAAAGCCUUUGAAUGGAUUGUAGAGUUGUAAGAAUAGAUGAAGAUUUGAUUUGCUUGAUCAAGCAUUGCAAUUGUAUUUUAUUAUCACUAAGUAUAUUUCUGGAGGUAAUGUAAAGUUCAUUAGAGAAUGAAUGAAAAGGAAUUAUUUCCCUUUAGUCUUGACUGCCAGUUCAUUAGAGAAUGAAUGAAAAGGAAUUAUUUCCCUUUAGUCUUGACUGCCAGACCAACUCAGUUUUAUUGUUAUGCAACAAUGUCAGAGUUUUAGAACAAGGUGUGUGUGUGUGAAGGAAGAUCAGUGGGCCUGGCAGUUGGGCUACAUCUACUUUAAAUAUGUAAUAGACAGUCAUGCGGUGGCGUAGCUGGGGGGGGGGGGGGGGGAGAAUUUGAAAAACCUCCUGAGCCCCCACUUGAGGUGGGCCCCCAAAUUAGUAUUUUUUUACAUUAAAUAUUAUGCAAGAUGCAGGGGCCCCCAAAUGAUGUCAAAUUCCUAGCUAUACCCCUGCAGUCAUGAGUAAAUGCACAAGUGUUGGGUUGUUUUGCUGGCCCUAUGAUAGCCCAAUAUUCUUUUGAAAACUGGUUCCUGUUUUUUCACUAUUUUGUUUUAGUGUAAUUGAAUAUAAUCAUACACAUUGAGCAUGAAAACUAACAGAAAAUAUGCUCUGAAUCUGGAAAUUGUUAUGUUUGAAUUUUUUAAAUUAGUUUCUUGUAAUUUAAAAUGUUUUAGUAUGUAAAGAACCUUUUUUUAAGUUAUACAUAAAAUUUUAUACUACUGAGAUAAUAAAGUUUUUGUAUGUUUUAUGUAA